AACUCUAACUCUGACACAUCUACUUUACCUUUUUUUUAGUUUAUUAGAUUUUGUUACGAGUAACUAAGGUUCGGUUCGGAACCUGUGGUGGGAAGGGAUGAUUUUUUCACCUGGAAGUUAAACAAAAGUGGAGAUAUGACAGUAAAGUCUGCUUAUUGGCUGGCUUCGUCACUUAAGGCCAAGGAGCAGAUUCCGGAAGCUUUCAUAGAACCCUCAACCAAUCUACUCAAGGAGAAAGUAUGGCAAGUGAAAACAGUCUCUAAAAUCAGAGUUUUCUUAUGGAAAUCACUAAGUGCUGCUCUCCCUACGACUGACUUGAUCAGUGCCAGAGGAAUGAGGGUUGAUAGUAGAUGUCAAACGUGUGGUGAAGAGACGGAAUCGAUCAACCAUAUGUUGUUUCAGUGCCCUUUUGCUAGGCUGGUAUGGGCGAGCUCCUCCAUUCCCUAUCCUAAUGGGGGUUUUGACGAGGGCUCUAUUUUCACAAAUGUGAACUUCCUUCUCAACCUUAGUGGAUCUCAACGGAUAAAAGAGGAAGAUAAAAGAGCUUGGCCUUGGAUCAUAUGGAACAUUUGGAAGAGAAGGAAUGAGGUUCAUUUUGAAAACAAAUGUUUAAGUGCAGUUGAAUUAAUUCACAAAUCUGUCCAAGAAGCUAAGGAAUGGUACACUGCUCAAGAAACAGAGGUUGAAUGGGAAAAGGCUCAAACCCCUUUGCUGGUCGUUUCUAAAAGAAAAUGGACGCCUCCGGAAACUGACUGGGUCAUGUGUAAUGUUGGAAUGGAGUUCUCUAAGAACAACCAUUGUGUAGGAGGAGCGUGGGUUCUAAGAAAUAACAGAGGAACUGUCCUAUGCCACAGUAGGAGGGCCUUUUCAGGGGUAAAGAGUAGAGAUGAUGCAAAGCUGAAGGUUGUAUUAUGGGCUUUGGAAAGUAUGAGAAGCCAGAGACAAUCUAACAUCAUCUUUGCGGGAGAAUUUGGUGACUUGUUUGGUGCUUUGCAACGACCUCAAGCGUGGCCAUCGUUCUCCUACCAAUGUAUGUUAAUGGAGAAGGAAUUGGAGGGGAUAGUGAACUGGAAGACGAAGGUAAUUACCCGAGAAGCAAAUAGAGGGGCUUUUUUCAUUGCUCAAAGUGUCAUCAAGUAUGGUUUGAUAAAUUCAUAUGUGGCCAAAGGGCAUCCACCUUGGUUGUUUGAGCUCUUUGUUAAUGAAAGUCGAUCCCUCUGAUUGGUGAUGAAACGGUAGACGGCCUUUUGAGAGAGGUUGAAGAUGCGCCAGAGUUGUUAAAGAGCACGAGGAAAAAGGAUAGAAACUGCUGUUCUUGGAUGCUCUGUUCUAUAUGGCUAUGUUUUAUUUUGUUAAUUACACCAGCCUGAAUGUUCUUCGGCUUGGCUUUUGUAAGAGGAAUGAUGGUGUUAAGGCCAAUCAAAUUCAAUAAAAACUCCUUGAUGGAAAAAAAAAAAAACUAAGGUUCGGUUCGGUUCUUUUUUUUUAAAUAAAAAUAAAACAAAAAACAAAAAAAAAAAACUCAGAGGGUUCAUACUGAAACAUUGAAAAGGAAAACAUACUAUGUUCUAAGUAGGCUAGGUCAUUGGCCGACUCUCUCUUCUCUUCGGCAAAUCCACUCGAUAUUAAAUUAAUAGACGAAGAAGCCAUCUUUGAUUAUCAUCCAUCCAUCCCUUUCUGAAUUCUGAUUAUCAUCUCUCUGUCUAGUGACGAUGGGAGCAGCUCGCUCAGUGUUUUCAUUAAGCCUUAUUCCAUCAUCUACUCAUGGAAUCAAUCGAAAUCAUCUCAACCUUUUCUCCUAAACCCAAACAGGAGCGUGCUCUUCCUUCCGAAAAGUUUCGAUUUUUUUUUUUAAUAUGGGUCAAUGGCGAAUUUAGCUAAAGGAAUGGUUUUUUCCUUGAUUCAGGAGAAAUUGGCGGUGGAUAAUGGCUCCACUGGUGAAAUUUUUUCUUCUUCUGCGUUGUUUCCCGAAUCUCCAAACAGGGAUGUAAAUAGAAUAGUCGCUGCUGCUUCUGUAACCGCCGCUUUGGCCUUGUUCCUGUCGACGAGGCUUGAUUUCAGCGUUGCCUUACGAGGAGGCUUUGUCGAAUGGAAAGCCGACAGUGGUGGAGUUCUAUGCUGAUUGGUGUGAGGUUUGUAGAGAACUAGCCCCUGAUGUUUACAAAAUUCAAGUAAUGCUUGCUCUUUUAUGCCUGUGUUUGAUUUGUUGGUGUUGAGUGUGAACCAUAACUUUGACAUGAGGCAUUAGGUGAAUGAUGAGACGAGUCUUAGCGAGGAUUAGACAAACCUGGUGUUAAUUGAUUUCCGGUUUAUUGGGUCAAUGCCGGUUUGAUCUAAGAGUCUAAUUAAUAGUCCGGUUAAGUGUAAACCCUCAGUGAUAUAUAAGGGGGUAAACAAGAGCUGAGAUGUUAUCGUUGUUCUCAUUCAUCUAAGAGUCAACAACGUGUAUCGAGCUCAGGAGUGUUGAGCUUCAUUGUUGUUCUAGUGAAUUGCUGGAUCGAGGUCUGGCCCCAGUGAUUAGUUCUCCAUAUCGGAGAUAUACACUGGGUAAACAAUCUCUGUGUAGUUAUCUUUCUUGCUCUGAAUCUUGAUUAGGUUUAACAGGAGUUACAGAGAGGGUGAGAUCUGAGAUCGAUCGAUAGAUUGGUGAACUUGGAGCGUUAGAUCGUGAUUCAAGUUGCAACAGUUGGUCACAAUCUUCUUGAAGAAAAUUGAAGCCUCUGUAUAUAAAAGAUAUGAACAACGAGCUUUCUAGUUGCAUCAUCUUGUGUUAGUGUUAUGGAAUAGAAAACUUGUUUGGGAAAGGAAGACGAGCAAGUUAGGGCUUUGGAGAUUCUUAUUGCACCCAAAGUUUAUGUUGCAUUUGUUUAAUUGAUUAGGGAAACUUCUCUAGUAAUGGAUUUGGCUAUUGUUGUAGGCUAAUGAACAACAAGCUAGAGCUUGAAUUCAAGAUUCUGGUUGAAGAAUCAGAUCCGUCUUGUGUUGUUGGUUUUAAAAGGACAUGGGAACAUGUUUAGGAAUGGAUUUUGGAACUUUUAGAUA